AUGGGUCCCCUGAAAACCCUACCUCUCCUCCUCCUCCUCCUCUUCCUCCCAUUCCUCCUCCUCACCGCCGCCGACGACGCCGCCGUCAUGUCCAAGCUCCUCUCCAACCUCAAACCCAGCGGCUGGUCCUCCUCCGACUCCUACUGCUCCUGGGACGGCGUCAAAUGCGACUCCGACACUUCCAAACGCGUCACCUCCAUCAACUUAGCCUCCCGCUUCCUCUCCGGCUCCCUCCCUUCCAAUCUCAACGACCUCUCCGAGCUCACCACUCUCUCCCUCCAAAACAACACCCUCACCGGCCCCUUCCCCUCCCUUGCCAACCUCUCCAACCUCCGUGAAGUCUACCUCGACACCAACAACUUCUCCUCCAUCCCCGCCGGCUGCUUCGGAGGCCUCACCGGCUUGCAGACUCUUUCCAUGAGCAACAACGAGAUUCUCGCGCCGUGGGUGUUCCCAUCUGAGCUCACCGGGUCGACCAGCUUGGUCACCUUCCAAGCAGGUAACACCAACUUGUAUGGUAAUAUUCCCGACAUUUUUGGAUCGUUUGCCAACUUGCAAAAUGUGAGAUUGUCCUACAACAAUCUCACCGGGCCGCUGCCCAAGUCGUUUUCUGGAUCUGGGAUUCAGAAUCUCUGGAUUAACAAUCAGGAUUCCGGGUUAUCUGAUACCGUUGAGGUUCUUUCCAACAUGACUUCGUUGACUCAGGUGUGGCUGCACAAGAAUCAGUUCAGUGGGGGGAUCCCGGACCUGACGCAAUGUAGUGCUCUCACUGAUCUUCAGCUUCGUGACAAUGUGUUUACUGGGAUGGUGCCGGCGACGUUGACUGGGUUGUCUUCUUUGCAGACGGUUAGUUUGGACAACAAUAAGCUUCAGGGUCCUAUGCCGGAGUUUGGGUCCAAGGUGAAGGCCACUUAUGAGGGUAAUAGCUUUUGUAAGACCACCGCUGGGCCUUGUGAUCCACAGGUCACUACGCUGCUUCAGGUUGCAGGGGCUUUGGGGUACCCGGAAUCAUUGGCUGAGGCUUGGACAGGAGACAAUGCGUGUGAAUCCUGGAGCUUCAUUAGUUGUGAUUCUGCUCGAAAGGUGGUCAUUACAGUGAACUUUGAGAACCAGCAUUUCAAUGGGACUAUUUCGCCUGCCUUUGCCAACCUCACAUCGCUGCAAAAUCUGAUGCUGAAAAACAACAACUUGACUGGUCCAAUACCGGCUAGCCUGACAACAUUGUCUACGCUGAAGACUCUUGAUGCUUCCAAUAACAAUUUAUAUGGGGACAUUCCGACAUUUCCAUCUGGGGUGAAGGUAAUCAUUAGUGGUAAUCCGAAAAUUGGGACUACACCGAGCUCUGGUGAUCCAGGGAGUUCACCUUCUGGCAACAACUCAACUGCUCCAGGCGGGAGUCCUUCUCCAUCAUCAAACAAUUCUUCAGUUUCGCCUGGUAUGAUUGCUGGUAUAGUUAUUGCUGUUGCUAUCUUCAUUGGAGUGUUGUUGUUUGUAUUCAUCAAAUGUUAUUGGAGCAAAAAGCAUAGGAAGUUUGGAAGAGUGGAUAAUACGCUGACUGGAAUUGAAAUUGCUAAGAGUGACGUAACCAGUUGUGCAAAUGGGUACAAUGGAGUUGCAAGUGAGUUGCAUAGCCAGAGCAGUGGUGACCUUCAUGUUUUUGAGGGUGGAAAUGUCGCCAUUUCAAUCCAAGUUCUUAGACAGGUGACAAACAAUUUUAGCGAGGAUAAUAUAUUGGGUAGAGGAGGAUUUGGAGUUGUUUAUAAAGGUGAAUUACAUGAUGGGACUAAAAUUGCUGUUAAGAGGAUGGAAUCUGUGGCAGUGGGUACUAAGGGAUUGAACGAGUUUCAAGCAGAAAUUGCAGUCCUCACUAAGGUCAGACAUAGGCAUUUGGUUGCACUGUUAGGAUAUUGCAUUAAUGGUAAUGAGAGACUUCUAGUGUACGAGUACAUGCCACAAGGAACGUUGACACAACACUUGUUUGAUUUGCGGGAGACUGGGGUAACUCCUCUUACUUGGAAGCAGAGAGUGACAAUAGCUUUGGAUGUGGCAAGAGGAGUAGAAUAUCUACACAGCUUAGCUCAACAAAGUUUCAUUCACAGAGACUUGAAACCCUCAAAUAUACUUCUUGGGGAUGACAUGAGGGCGAAGGUUGCAGACUUUGGUUUGGUUAAAAAUGCCCCCGACGGAAAGUAUUCAGUUGAGACACGAUUGGCAGGGACAUUCGGGUAUCUUGCACCAGAAUAUGCAGCUACCGGCAGAGUGACGACAAAGGUGGAUGUUUACGCAUUUGGAGUGGUGUUGAUGGAGUUGAUGACUGGUCGAAAAGCUCUAGAUGAUACCAUGCCAGAUGAAAGGUCUCAUUUGGUCUCAUGGUUUCGCAGAGUCCUUGUCAACAAAGAAAACAUUCCCAAGUCUAUUGACCAAACUCUUGACCCUGAUGAGGAGACAAUGGAGAGCAUAUACAAAGUUGCUGAGCUUGCGGGUCAUUGCACAGCUCGUGAGCCAUAUCAGAGACCAGACAUGGGCCAUGCGGUCAACAUCUUGGGUCCUCUUGUUGAGCACUGGAAACCUACAACCCACGAAGAAGAAGAUGAAAACAGUGGCAUUAACAUGCACAUGAACCUUUCUCAAGCAGUGCAAAGAUGGCAAGCUGAUGAAGGUACUUCAAGGAUGUUUGAUGAUCUGUCCUAUACUCAAUCAAGCAUCCCUUCAAAACCUUCCGGGUUCGCAGACUCAUUCGAUUCAAUGGACUGCCGAUGAUAGAGAGAAUGAUGUUUGAAUCGAUAAACACUCUGAAGGCGAAGAGGAAGAGUGACUCCAAAAGGUGGGGACUAAAAGAAAAAGAGACCAGGUAAUGCGUCAAGCAGUUUUUGAUCCUGGGGGGAGACACCCGCAUUGCAGAUUUCUUGUACUUAUUGUAUUUGCUUGUUGUUUUCUCAAUCUUUACCAACCUGAAUCUCAUGCGUUAACCUCUGUCCCAAACUCGGUUGCUGUCAAGUCUUUUAGCUAACAGUUGUUUGGUCAUGAUCAGACAGAAAGCAAUGGAACGCGUUAGGGAGUGUUGUAUGAUAUUCUUUUACCAUACUUAUUAAAAGCCAUUAUUUGAUU